CGCUCGAGGAAUUCACCGACAGGGAUUUUCACUCCGGGUUAUUGUUAUUGUCCGCAAUCAGCUGCUGGUUUUCAUCUGGAAAUCACAUGGUGUUGAAGAAGCUCACGUGACAGACUGAGCUAUGGAGGUGGAAAUCAAUGAAGGUUCUGUACCUCCCUUUUAUAGGGAGGUGUAUGAGGCUAUCUGCUGUAAGCAGGAGGAUCGUGUGCAAACGGAUGUGUUUCAGAGGUUGCUGAGCAAGACAGACCUUCCAGUCGCUGUACAGAAUCAGAUUGCAAAACAUGUGGACUGUAAGGAGGGUUUCCUGUCCAAGCUGACACUGUACAAAGCCCUGGCCCUGAUUGCCCUGGCUCAGCAAGGGAAGCACCCGAGCCCCAAACUCCUGGAAAACUUCACCCAAGAGUUUCCAAAGCCCAAUCUGGGAGAGCUGAAAGAUCUACACGCACUUGGAAUGCAGCCUGCCUCUGGAAACCCUCUCCUCCUCUCACAGACCCUGACAGAGCUCCUGGAUAUCGACACCGUUCAGGUGGAGCUCAUUCCUGAGAAGAAAGGGCUUUUCCUCAAGCAUGUGGAAUAUGAGAUCACCAGUCAGCGUUUCCAGGCCUCGGUUUACCGCAGAUACAGUGAUUUUGAUGUGUUUCAUGAGCUUCUGCUCCAGAGAUUUGCCUACAGAAUGGUGCCAGCCCUCCCACCCAAAAGGAUGCUAAAAGGAGUCUUGACAUCUACGACUGACCGGGAGUUUAUUGAGGGUCGGAGGAGAGCUCUCAGGCGCUUCGUUAACCUGGUGGCGCGACACCCUUUCUUCUCAGAGGAUGGACUUAUAAAAAUCUUCCUGACUUUCAAUGGUUCAGAUGUACAAAACAAACUGCGUGAGUCAUUCAAGACAGCAGGGGAUGAAUUCAUGACAUGUAAAAUAGCAACACGGGCCAAGGAAUACCUUCCAGGCGAUAUCCAAGCCAAGUUUUCUUCCAGCAGGGAGAUGAUCCGAAACAUCUUCAACAGCUUCCAGAAGCUGCGGGACCAGGCGGAGAGGAUGGCUGUGCGCUCAGUGGAGAACGCCACGGAUCUGCUGAUGUUUGGGAGGGAACUAAGUGCCCUGGGCUCAGACACCAUGCCAGUGCAAUCCUGGGCCUCCACAAACAAGAACACAUGGGGCACCAUGAGGCAGUCUCUGAAAGGGCUCUCCGUGGAGUUUGCUCUACUGGCUGACAAAGCAGCACAACAGGGUAAAAGAGAGGAAGAUGAUGUAGUGGAAAAACUGAAUCUCUUCCUGGAUUUACUACAGUCAUAUAAAGAUUUAUGUGAACGGCAUGAGAAAGGCGUUCUGCAUGAUCACCAGCGUGCGCUCCAGAAGUACAGUGUGAUGAAGAGGCAGAUGAUGAGCGCCACUGUGCAGAGCAAGGAGCAACUGUCUGUGGACCAGCUGGAGUCCCGCAUUGUACAGCAAGAGAAUGCAAUUCUGACAAUGGAGCUUCGGAACUACUUCUCCUUGUUCUGCCUUCAUCAGGAGACCCAGCUGAUCUACACUUACCUUCAGAUCACUGCCUAUAUCCUGGGAGCCUUUGUCAACUCCCAGAUACAGGGGCACAGGGAGAUGAGUGUAGUUUGGCUUGACCUUCAGCCUAAGCUGAGUUGCUUGUUUGGGGAAUCAAAUGGAAUGCUACCCUCUCCACUGACACCCCAGCAGGGAAACUGGAAGCCUCCCAAUGCCUUCCCAAAUUAACUGGUGAAAGAGUAGGCAUUGCACCCAUCAACAAAGCAAAGAUUGCUUAUAAUACAGUGAGCGUCAAGAAAGCACAAUGCAGCAACAACGACAGGAUGUUAUCCUCUGACAGACGCAAAGGAAACUAGGCUUGUAUCUAACAUUGCACCCAUUCUUUUCUGAACAUACAGUACAUUGCUAAACAAAUGUUAAUUGCAAACCUAAUCCAAGGAUAAGCUCAGGAUAUUAAGUGGAGAAAAAAAAGGCUAUGUCAGAUGGUGACAUAACCUUAUCCUGACCAGAAGUGAUUAAGCAUCCCGUCCAUCAUCUUUGGAAAUUCUACACAUGUAAGUGAUAAAACCUACCCUACUUAGUGGCAGUAUUUAUACCAUUUUUUGAAGGAGGGAGGUUGAAAAGGGACCACAGUAGUUUUUUAAAAAUUGUAAAAUGUUAGUAUUAAUGACUGUGAAACUUGGGACCGGUGGCACCUCCAAUUUGGAUGAACAGGGCUCAAUUUUAAGCCGUUGCACCUAAACUCUUGCAAACUGACCACGUUGGUACAGUAAUGCUAGGUAAACUUACUGGUUUUGUAGAGAGUGCCUUUGAAAUAUAGUGAACUAGCAUAAUGAUUUUUUUUUAUUUGCUUUGCACAUCUUAUUUGGUAUAUUUUAAGACCAGCAGGUGGUAGUCUUUUGCUGAAAAUGUGUUUGUUUUUUUGUUUUGUUUUUUUAACGAAGUUUGCAAAGAGGAUAGACGAACCAAAUGAAAUUUUGUUGAUCUUGAAGCACAAUGCAGUAAAUGUUUUUUGUUUUUUUUUAAUUUUAUUUUUAUUUUUAUUGAAUCAAAUUACAGGGUUUGCAUGAUUUCCCCUGUUCUGGGGUCAUGUAUUGCAUUUGGUAUAUCUUGAUAAACGUAAAACUAUUUCAAACUGGAUUUUCAGUAUUUUUAUACUCUUCAAUAUCAAAAUGACCAUGUCUUUAUUUUAUAAUUGAACACUAACACGAAUACAUUAAAUGUUGUACUUAUAAGCUUAGAUCAAACUAGCAUACAUAUGCACUAUAUUUUCUUUUCUUUAGGUUGCUGUCAAAUUAUGAUUUAUACUAAGCACAUCACAGAAUAAGUAUUUUUAAUAGCAUAUCAGUACAAAGACGUGUAUUCUUCCUGUAUGAGGAUUCAUAACUCUUAAAUUAUGACACUAAAGGGAUUUUUUGGCUGUUAUUAAACUCCUAGUUUUCAUAUUUUUACUCCUAUAGAUUAUUCUGCGUGAGACUUGCAAACUGUGAAGAGCUGCAUUUUAUGCAGACAUUUGAGCCAAGCGUUCAAGGAAUGUUUAGCUGUUUAACAAAAAAAUACUAUUGCAUAGAAGCCAUACAGAAAAUGUUUAAGUAAAAUGCAAGUAUUUCGUUAUAAUGUGGAUAUGUGCCAAGGAAACGGGUAGUACAUUUUGGGAACAAGGCUUAUUCUUAAAAAAAAAAAAAAAAAAAAAAAAAAAAAGAAAGAAAAAAAGGGUCCUAUUUUGUUAACAUUAAUCCCUUUUGGGGCCGCAUGCUAGCUAAAUGCCAAAGAUAGAAAUAUCAGUAAACGAAUCCUAAUAUUUGGGGUUUUAAAAUAACUACAGGUCUGAUUAUCAAAGAAGCUGAAGCUGUUUUUGCAUGAAGAUUUAACUCUGAUGUAUUUAGUUUAGUUCUUGGUGCCUUGAAGACUCACGAGGAAUGUGUCAGUUUGAAACUGAACAUCUGCAAAGAGUGGUUAAGUAAUAACUUUGUAUUAAAAAUCCAUAGGCAUCCAGUUAUCAAUUGGCCAUUGACCAAUGCUAAUUGCUGUAUGAGGAAAAACUGAUAAAAGCCAAAAGUCAAUCUAAGUCUAAUUUUGUUGAGAUUUAAUCCAGCUAGAAUAAUGUAGCCUAUAACAGAAUACCUGUAACUGAAUACAAGUUUAGAGUUUAUACUAGCAUAGCAGCAGCUGUUAUCCGGUGUUUAGUGCUUGCUGGUGGUGUUCAGUUUAAGGUUCUAGAAUGAAAAAGCAUAUUUUAGAUAGUCAUCUGACCCCCUGACAGUUCAGGAGAAAAGUCUGUCUUUCAUUACUUAGAAUUACAAUUUUAAGUGCAUUCCCAAUUCAUACAUAUCUGGCAAAAUGGAAGUUGGCCAAACAGAGGAAUAUAUAAUGGGUGUAUCAUUGUUUUUACCCAUGUAAAAGAGCUUACAUUUGAGCAUAUGCUGAAUAAUGCACAUUGCCAUAAUUGUCAGAAAUUAUAGUGUAAAACAAAUGUUUUAUUUUUUAAAACUGUCACUUUUAUAAACGUUCAGUUAUGCAUGGAAACAUUACUGUAUGUUAUUUUCUUUCAAUUGCUUCAUCCAAUGUAUGUGCAGUAUUUGUUACAAGUAUGUGUUCUGCCUUAAGAGACAUGAAGAUGGGUGUGUGCUUUUUGCUUGUGAUUUAUAAUUUGUUUUCUGUUAAAAUCAAGCUAGUGGUAUUACUGGAAUUACCCCCAACUGUAACCCCAUCUGUUGGUGUAACUAGGGAAUGCAUGCAUGAGCUUGUAAAUCUGUACUUUAUAAUCUUAUCAUUUCCACCAGGAUACAUAGAUUUGAGAAAAUUAUAAAUCUAGAAUGUUGGAAAAAGUAAGUCAAUAUGAAAUGUUUGGAUCUUUAUUGACAGAUGCAUUUGUCAAGUGAUUGGCUUGCACUUCAUGUUUUUCAGUGCGAAAAAUAGCACUUUAUGUGGAAAUUAACAACUAAUGAAUUAAAAGCUGAAAUAUGUGUUUUAAAUGUUUACAAAUGUACACACACAUAUACAUACACAAAUGUUAUAUAAACUCUAUUGAAUAAUAAAUAUAUGGAACUCAGUACACUAUUAUCUGACUUAAAAAAAGGGUUUGUGGAUUUCUUAUAAAGCAUUUUUUUGGAAAGAAACAAGGGUAAGAAUAACUGGAUAAUUGAGCCUGGUAAAAGUGAAGUAUCUCAGACUGAAGCUGAUGACAUUUAUCGCAAUAUAAGCUAAAUUAUCACAUAGGAAUGCCCACUGCAGAGGAUAUUAAACUUGCUGUGAAACUA